AUGCCUAUGGAGCAAGCUCAGGCUAUUGGGAUUUUUCCUCGACAGAGCAACAAUAACCCUUAUUCCAAUUCCUUCAACCAAGGGUGGAGGAAUCAUCCCAAUUUUUCUUGGAAGAAUGAUCAGCAAGGCCAAUCUUCAAACCAACAACAGUCAAACCAACAACAGCCACAGGGGUUCUUUCAGCCGAGAUUUAGGCCGCAGCAACAACCUCAACCGCCGACUCAUCAUCAACAACAACAAAAUUUUGGUGGAAAUUCUAAUGCUCAGUCAGAUGUGCUAAACCAAUUCAUGGCUGAAACUCGGUCUUCUAUUAGAAAUCUAGAGACCCAAAUGGGACAAUUGGUUACUCUCAUGGCUAAUCUUGCCCAAGGUAACUUGCCUAGCACCACUAAAGUCAAUCCGAAAGAGAAUUGCAAGGUAAUCACGUUAAGAAGUGGGAAGAAUUAUGAGGGACCAAGUGAGAAGCAGCCAAUUGAAGAAGUGGAUCAGGAUCAACAUGCACAGGCACCAGCACAAGAGGAAAAGAAGCACAGUGAGAAGAAGGCUACUGAAGGCAUACCAACAAAAGAAGCUUCGCCACCAAUUAGUAUUGAGCAUCACAUAAAGAUUCCCUACCCCCAAAGGCUCCAUAAGAACAACAUGGACAAGCAGUUUACUAAAUUCCUGGAAGUAUUCAAGAAACUGCACAUCAACAUUCCAUUUGUGGAGGCCUUAGAGCAAAUGCCGAGCUAUGUCAAGUUCAUGAAGGACAUCUUGUCCAAGAAGAGGAAGAUGGAGGACUUUGAAACUGUGGCAUUGACGGAAGAGUGUAGUGCUAUACUGCAAAAGAAGCUCCCUCCUAAACUGAGAGAUCCUGGGAGUUUCACAAUACCGUGCACUAUUGGGAGAAUUGAGGGAAUAAAUGCUCUUUGUGAUUUUGGGGCUAGUAUCAACCUGAUGCCAUUGUCAGUUUUCAAGAGAUUGCAACUUGGAGAAGCCAAGCCCACAACUGUAACUUUGCAACUAGCUGAUCGUUCGUUGGCACAUCCAAGAGGGGUAAUUGAAGAUGUCCUUGUCAAAGUAGACAAGCUUAUUUUUCUUGCCGAUUUCAUAGUUCUUGACAUGGAAGAGGAUAGCAAUGUUCCCAUUAUCCUUGGGAGGCCCUUCUUGGCAACAGGCCAAGCACUUAUAGAUGUUCAGAAGGGUGAGUUGAAGUUGAGAGUGUAA